AUGCUCUCUCGCAAAGACAUCCGCCCCAAACAAACACGUCUCCUCCUCGAACGCGGCCUGCUGCCCGUCAGCGUUGACUACCGUCUCUGUCCCGAAGUCAGCCUUACUGAGGGCCCUAUCCCAGAUGCCUGCACCGCUCUCAAAUGGGUUCGAACCGUGCUGCCAAGCUUCCGCCUACAACGACCGGAUAUUCAUCCCAAUGGCGACAAAGUGGUCGUAGUUGGCUGGUCAACCGGCGGGACGCUGUCAAUGAUGUUGCCCUUCAGCGCCCCGCAACGUGGUAUCCAGCCUCCAGACGCAAUUCUGGCAUUCUACUGUCCUACAGACUACGAAGCGGACUUUUACCGGGAAGCGAACUACCCUGAAAACACAUCUGGGACUGUUCCGGAAACCUACGAUCUCCUGGAAGGUGUGAAAGAACAUCCGAUUACGGGCUACAAUGUUCCCGCGCACAAGGGCGCGACAGGCGGGUGGAUGUCUCUCUCUGAUCCGCGCUCGAGGAUCGCAUUGCAUAUGAACUGGAAGGGACAAGCGCUUCCGGUGUUGCUCAAUGGUCUGCCAUCCAAGAAAGGAUUACUGGAUGCCGGAGACAGUGCAUCGACGACGAACUGGCUCGAUCUACCGCAGCCUAGCAUGGACCGGGUGCGAGCUGUGAGUCCAUAUGCGCAGAUCGUCAAGGGAAAUUACCGGGUGCCUACGUUCUUGAUCCACGGUAUGCGGGACGAUCUCAUUCCGUGGGAGCAGUCAGUACGGACGACCAAUGCGCUCGCUUCUCAGGGGGUGGAAGCAGGUGUAGCGAUUGUUGAGGAUGCAGUUCAUUUGUUCGAUCUCUACAGGGAUCCUGAAGGGAAGUAUUGGGAUGCUGUUUUGGAGGGAUAUGAAUUUUUGUUGAAGCAUUUAUAA